AUAAAAUAUUGAGAAUACAUUAAAACAAACGAAUUUGCUCAAAAUUAACCCCGUCUAUUUGCUCACGAAAUAAUUCAAGACACAGACCGCGAUCAAGAGCAAAAAAAACAGGAACGAUUUAUCUACACCAAUGUUAGUGAAGGUGGUAGAGGAAAAGCGAAUUACAGUAAUUCAAUCAAACUCAAUGUUUCGACAUGCAAACACGAAAAAGAGGGAAAUUCUUUAAGAACAGAUACAAUCGCAUUUAAUCUUAGAACCCCCAACCCCAUCAUGUCUACGAAGAUAAUAUUAGAGGAUUUUAGAUGGAGCAAUUAGGUUCAUGGUUUGAGUGAAGACGAAUACAUUCCAACUUCUAGGUCUUGUAACUAUGAGGAACAGUAAUACUUUGCGGAUUAUAGGGUUCAAUUCCCGUUUAGAAAUGGGAUCACCAGGUGGAAAGUCAACAAUUGAGCUAACAGAUGAUAGCAGAGCAGUUCCAGUAUCAACAACAAGAAACCUAUCUUCACUUAAAAGUAGCUCAGAAGAUUUUGGCACUAAUUAUAUAUGGAGAUUAGUGUUUUCCAGUAUAAAAGCUGCUUUCUUCUCUGAUAAAAUAAGUUUUCUCUUACCUUGUGGCCCAUUAGCAAUGUUGGUUGACCAAUUGUCCCAACGCCACGGUUGGGUGUUCUUAUUGAGCUUAUUGGGCAUCAUACCUUUAGCAGAACGUCUUGGUUGGGCUACAGAACAACUGGUUUUCUACACUGGACCUACAGUUGGGAGUCUUCUGAAUGCGACUUUUGGCAAUGCAACAGAGUUGAUAAUCUCAUUGUUUGCAAUGAAGCAAGGAAUGUUACGACUUGUACAACAGUCAUUGUUAGGGUCAAUUUUGUCCAAUUUGUUGCUUGUUCUUGGAUGUGCUCUUUUUAGUGGUGGAAUUGUUCAUCGGAAUAAGGAACAGAUAUUUAACAAGUCAAAUGCUGGAAUGAACAUGGGAUUGCUGUUAAUGGCAGUGAUGGGAUUACUUUUUCCAGCUCUUCUCCAUGAAACACAAACCGAAUUACAAAUCGGGACUUCAGAAUUACUCCUUUCAAGGUUUUGUAGUUGCAUAAUGCUCAUAGCAUAUGCAAUCUACAUAUUUUUUCAGCUCACAAAUCAAAAACAAGAUUAUUCAUCCAUCAAAGAGGAUGGGAGACAGGAUGAUGAAGAAUCUGCAGAGAUUUCAAAGUGGGAAUCAGUUAUAUGGCUUGGACUUUUGACUCUUUUCAUUUCGGUUCUUUCAGAGUACUUGGUCAAUGCCAUAGAGGGUGCAUCUGUUGCCAUGGAUGUUCCAGUUGCAUUCAUUGGUGUUGUGUUGCUUCCUGUUGUUGGAAAUGCAGCUGAACAUGCAAGUGCCAUUAUGUUUGCAAUUAAAGAUAAACUAGAUAUAUCUUUAGGAGUGGCAAUUGGCUCUUCAACACAAAUAUCAAUGUUUGUGAUGCCAUUUUGUGUGGUAAUAGGGUGGAUGAUUGGAAGUCCAAUGGAGCUAAAUUUUCAACUUUUUGAGACAUCAAUUCUUUUUAUGACUGUUCUAGUAGUAGCCUUCAUGUUACAGGAGGGAACAUCGAAUUACUUCAAGGGACUAAUGUUGUUGUUUUGUUAUAUGAUUGUUGCUGCAAGUUUCUUUGUACAUAUAGAUCCUGUAUCUAUACAAGAUAACCCUCAAUAUCCGUAGUUGUAGGAUUACAGAAUCACAUCCAAUAUUCAAUAUGUGAAGAAUAAUGCUUUGGAACUCCAUUGAUGAAUCAUGAAGUUUUUCCACGAACUUGGUUUGACUUAAGCUAAAUGUAGAGUUUGGUUUCAUGUUUGAGCUCUAUGAUAGUAUACUUAAUGUAAUGAUUUUAGUGUUAAAAACAUCUUUUUGAAAUGUUUUUAGUGGGUACAUCUUCGCUUAUACAACAUUAUGAUGUAAUUAUCCGGGG